GUGCAGACGUCGUUUGCGUGCGACGGUUCGGUCCACACCAGCUGUCGGGAGCGUUAAAGCUAUUCUGUGGCCUCUUCCAGUGCCGUCUUUGCAAAUGAGUAGAAAGGUGGCUUGGGUUCCCUUCCGCGCGUUCGAGCUGGCUGUGAGCCUCCCAGUGAUCGGCCAUCUCGCCCAGAGCAAGGAACGAGCGGCGGUCGGCUGAACCCGCGGGACUCGCCUCUGUCGCCGCCUCUCCGGGUCCCGCUAUCUCCUCAGGGGCCAUGAUGGCGGCGGCGUGGAUGGACCCGGCGCGGCUGUCUGUGACGUUCGAUGAUGUGGCUGUGACCUUCACCCAGGAGGAGUGGGGACAUCUGGACCCGGCCCAGAGGACCCUGUACCAGGAGGUGAUGCUGGAGAACUGCGGCCUCCUGGUGUCUCUGGGGUGUCCUGUCCCCAGACCUGAGCUGAUCUACCAGCUGGAGCACGGGCAGGAGCUGUGGACGGUGAAGAGAGACCUCUCCGGAAGCACCUGUCCAGGUGACAAAGGAAAACCCAAGACCAGAGAAUCUACCACUUCUGAGCCAUCCCUGUUUGAGGGAGCCUCAGUCCAGGAACAGCUAACACAAAGAGUUUCAGAGGAGUCCCAGUUGGGCCAAAUCAACAAUCCAGAAGAGCCACUGGAAAGGCAUGAAGGACGCUUGAGACCAGAGAUAGAAGCCCAGAAGGGGAAGCUCCCUGGGAAACCAAGCUGUGAACAUGGCAGCUUAGGGAGAGCUGGUGGUAUGUGUUCAGGGAUCACAGAGGAGCCCGUCCCUCCAGGGGGUGCUGUCCAUGACCGCGACGCCUGUGGAUCAGAUAAAGAUCCCCUGACUCAGGACGAGGAAAGUCUCUUCAAAUGCAGUGAGUGCGGGAAAGUUUUUAAUAAGAAACGCCUCCUUGCGCGACAUGAGAGGAUUCACUCAGGAGUGAAGCCCUAUGAAUGCACAGAGUGUGGGAAAACAUUUAGUAAGAGCACUUAUCUCCUUCAACACCACAUGGUCCACACCGGGGAGAAGCCCUAUAAGUGCAUGGAGUGCGGCAAGGCCUUCAACCGUAAGUCACACCUGACGCAACACCAGCGGAUUCACAGUGGGGAGAAGCCUUAUAAAUGCAGUGAGUGUGGAAAGGCCUUCACCCACCGCUCCACUUUUGUUUUGCAUAACAGGAGCCACACUGGAGAAAAACCGUUUGUGUGCAAAGAAUGCGGAAAAGCCUUCCGAGAUAGGCCGGGUUUCAUUCGCCACUACAUCAUCCACAGUGGUGAGAAUCCAUAUGAGUGCUUCGAGUGUGGCAAGGUGUUCAAACACAGGUCAUACCUCAUGUGGCACCAGCAGACCCACACUGGGGAGAAGCCGUACGAGUGCAGCGAAUGUGGGAAAGCCUUCUGUGAGAGCGCGGCCCUCAUUCACCACUAUGUCAUCCACACCGGGGAGAAGCCCUUCGAGUGCCUUGAGUGUGGCAAGGCCUUCAACCACAGGUCGUACCUCAAGAGGCACCAGCGGAUCCACACUGGGGAGAAGCCCUAUGUGUGCACCGAGUGUGGAAAGGCCUUCACCCACUGUUCUACUUUUAUCUUACAUAAAAGAGCCCACACUGGCGAGAAACCUUUUGAAUGCAAAGAAUGUGGGAAAGCCUUUAGCAAUCGGGCAGACCUCAUUCGGCACUUCAGCAUCCACACUGGAGAGAAGCCGUAUGAGUGCACGGAGUGUGGGAAGGCCUUCAACCGCAGGUCUGGCCUCACCAGACACCAGCGGAUUCACAGUGGAGAGAAGCCCUAUGAAUGCAUGGAGUGCGGGAAGUCCUUCUGCUGGAGCACAAACCUCAUUCGACACUCCAUCAUCCACACUGGAGAGAAGCCCUAUGAGUGCAGUGAGUGUGGAAAGGCCUUCAGUCGCAGCUCGUCCCUCACUCAGCACCAGCGGCUUCACUCUGGAGUGAAGCCCCAUGGAUGCACAGAGUAUGGGAGAGCCUUCAGCCAGAGCACACACCUCCUACAGCACCUGCUGAUCCACACCGGGGAGAGGCCCUACGAGUGCAGCGAGUGUGGGAAGGCCUUCCGCCGCAGGUCACAGCUCACAGCGCACCAGCGGAUCCACACCGGGGAGAAGCCCUAUGAGUGCCGUGAGUGCGGGCGGGGCUUCUCUAACAGCACUAGACUCAUCCAGCACUCCAUCAUCCACACCGGAGAGAAGCCCUACAGGUGCCUCGAGUGCGGGAAGGCCUUCCACCGCGGGGCACAGCUCACGACGCACCAGCGGAUCCACACCGGGGAGAAGCCCUAUGUGUGCACCGAGUGUGGAAAGGCCUUCAUCUACUGCUCCACCUUCAUCUUCCAUAAAAGGGCCCACACCGGAGAGAAACCGUACGAGUGCAAGGAAUGUGGGAAGGCCUUCAGCAGUCGGUCAGGCCUCAGCCGGCACUUCGCCACCCACAGCGAAGAGAAGCCCUACAAGUGCACGGAGUGUGGGAAAGCCUUCAGCCGCAGGUCAUACUUCAACAGCCACCAGCGGAUUCACAGUGGAGAGAAGCCCUACAAAUGCGUGGAGUGUGGGAAGGCCUUCUGGUGGAGCACAAGCCUCGUUCGACACUCCAUCAUCCACAGUGGAGAGAAGCCAUGUGAGUGAAGUGAGUGUGGAACGGCCUUCAGUUGCAGCUCAUCCCUUACUCAGCACCAGAGGGUUCAUACUGGGGGACUCUGCCGUGUGACAGAUGUGGGACGACUCUGCACAUUUAUGUCAUUCCACACUUUAGAGUCGAACCUCUAAGAACUCUUUCUGGGGAAAGACUUGCACGUAGCCCCUGAGGAAAAUCUUUUGCUUGAAACAUCUUGCUCAGAAUCUGAUCAUUCAUACCAAAAAGAAAUCCCCUCAUUUUUCUUCCCUGUGAGAAAACCUAUUUGCAAGAUAUCCAUUGUCAUCUAAAGAAUCAUGUUAGAAACGGAGUCAGCCUGGAAACUUAUUCUGUAUCUGAAAAUUCAUGCAGGAGAGUGAGCCAAUCUUUAUUUUGCACUUAGCAAAACCUUCAGGCACAUCUUCUUCCUCAGUUUACACUGCAAAAUUAUCUCAGGGAUAUUUAAACAAAAGAGGAAGAGACAGGGAAGAGAAGAAGAAAUGCAAACACAGCUUUCAGAUAUCCAUGAGGAGCCUGAGGCAUUUUGUCAUCCCUUAGUUUAUCUGAGUUAAGAGGAGUGUUGUUGCAGAGAUCAGAUGACCUCGUUCCUUUUAUUUAUCUUGUAUACACAUGCACUGCUGUCCAUUGUCAGGAGAGUUAAACAGCUGAGAGUGUGUCUGAAAAGAUUUACUAAUAGCCACCUUUGCUUGCCUAGUAGCUCAGACAGUAAAGCAUCCGCCUGCAAUGCAGGAGACCCGGGUCGAUCCUGGGUCGGGAAGAUCCUCUGGAGCAGGAACUGGCAACCCACUCCAGUGUUCUCGCCUGGAGAAUUUCAUGGACAGAGGAGCCUGGCGGGCUACAGUCCAUGGGGUUGCAAAGAGGCGGACACGACUGAGCAGCUAGCACACACACCUUUGUUCUACAGCAUUGUCUCUACCCUUGAGCAGCCUGUGUCUGUGAGGAAUAUGAAGGCUUGCCUUACACUUUCAUAUUUAAGGAGAUAAAGAUGUAUGUGGAAUGAACCCAUUUUACUGAAAUGAUUUUUUUUUUUCCGGCAGGUGAGUUGUUACACACUCCUUAGCGGAUUCCGACUUCCAUGGCCACCGGCCUGCUUGAUUGAUAUUUUUGAAACAUAAUGUGUCAUGUGUCUUUAACCAGCUGACACUCAUAUACUUAAUCUCUUUAUCUUUUUAUUUGUCUGUAGGGUGAGUAGGACAGUGUAACUGUGCAUCCUUCCCACAUGUCCCGGUUCUUCCCUCUGAUUCCUCCUUAGAGAGGCUUCACGAACACUUCAGUGAGUUUCUAGAGGUUAAAUUGCAGCCAAAACAGAACAAAACACGCAGCUAAUGUAAGCUAAAUGAUAGCAAUACAUUCAGAGAAGGAAUCUCAUUUUUAAUCUUACAAAAGUUUGUGUGAAGACUCACUGUCAAGUAAAGUGACUGGAAAUUUUCCGACUGAAAUGAGCUUGUGUCCGUACAGGUACAGGUGAGUUCCACGGUUGUCGCCUUUGGCUUAGUCCCAGCAUAAGGACUAAUGACUAAUAUCAUUUGUCAGGGUAUUUUGAGAUUCCUUCCUUUUAUUUUUUUAAGCAACAUGUGAUAGUAUUACCUCACGUUAAGAAAUAUACUGUACAGAAAGACAUAAAAAUAAUCAUGUAUUCACUGUGAACCCCUCUCAGGGCUUUUCAAGUGACUCCAUGUCGAGUUCUGUAUGGCCGUUGUAGGCCAUGUGAUUUCUGUUGUGUUACUCUAUGGCAUUAUUGUGAAGGCCACUCUUCAUGCUUUUCACGUCUUGUCUAAGAAGUCUUCAGCAAGCUCUAGGUUCUUAAAUCUCUGAUACAAGUUGAGUUCCUUUUUGUAUUAACCGUGUGCAGUUUAAGUUGUGGUUUUUCUUGCCUAAGGAUGUUCAGUUGUUCUUGGCACCAUUUGAAUAGUUGAAAAGACUAUCCUGCCUCUAUUGAACUGAAAUUAAUAAAAAAAAAAAAUCUGUUGGGCAUGUUAAUUUUUGGACUGUUUCUGAGUUCUUUAUGUGAUCCUACUGAUCUGUGUAUUUAAACCUCUGCUAGUACGUUAUGUUGAAUACUGUAGCUAUUAAGUCUUAAAAUUGGAUAAAGUACUUCCAUCUUCUUUAUCGUUUUUUUCUUUAUAGUUUUUAAAAUUGAUUUAGCUUCCCAUGUCAAUUUUUCCUUUGGUUUCCUGUAUAAGUUUUAACAUGUACUGGUCUAUAUAUUAAAAACAUCUUGUGGGAUUUUUAUAGAAAUUCCAUUAAUCUAUGGAUCAUUUUUGUGAAAUUUGGCAUCUUUAUUAUGUUGAGUCUUCCACUCCAUGAACAUGGUAUGUUUCUGCAUUUAUUUGGAUCUCUGAUUUAGUUCAUAAGUGUUAUAAUUUUCAGCUUACAGAUCCUGAGCAUAUUUUGUUAGGUUUUUAUUGAGUUUUUAACUUCAGUUUUAUCAUUGUCAUUACUGUUAUUGAGAAAUAUAUUAAAUUUUUAUAUGUUGACUUUGUA